GCUUGCAUAUUUAAGCAUUGGAAUUUCCCCAAAAAAAAGGAAAUUUUAAUGAAACGUCGAGAGAAGAGAAGCAACGGGGGGCAGCAGUGAGUUGGGCAGCAGCGCGGUCAAUCAAAAGGGAGUCCUCUGCCAGGGCAUCGACCAUUUGACCACUGGACCACCUGGCCAGCAGCUCAUCAUUGACACCAUGGUCACGAACAUGUCGCAGCCGCAUUAUUGCGGCACAGGCAUCGAUGAUUUUCACACAAACUACAAAUACUUCCACGGUUACUUCUCCCUGAUUGUUUGCAUCCUGGGAACGAUUGCGAAUACCUUGAAUAUCAUUGUGCUAACCCGCCGCGAGAUGCGCUCCCCCACGAAUGCCAUACUCACGGGUCUGGCGGUGGCCGAUUUGGCAGUAAUGCUGGAAUAUAUCCCCUAUACGGUGCACGACUAUAUCCUCAGUAGUCGAAUGCCGCGGGAGGAGCAGCUGAGCUACAGUUGGGCCUGCUUCAUCAAGUUUCAUUCGGUGUUUCCACAGGUUCUCCAUACGAUAUCGAUAUGGUUGACUGUAACCCUUGCUGUUUGGCGCUAUAUAGCAGUUAGCUAUCCCCAGAGGAAUAGGAUAUGGUGUGGUAUGAGGACCACCCUGAUAACCAUAGCCACAGCCUAUGUGGUGUGUGUUUUGGUGGUAUCCCCAUGGCUCUACUUGGUCACAGCCAUAGCCAAGUUCCUGGAAACCCUGGAUGCGGAUGGCAAGACCAUCGCAUCAGUUCCCUUGAGUCAGUAUAUACUGGAUUAUAACCAUGAGGAGGAUAUAACCAUGCAAGUCAUGUCCAGCACAACACCAGAUGUUUCCUGGGCGAUACCAAGUGGUUCGGGGAAUGGAACGGCAGUUAGCCUGUUAAGUCUAACCACAGUGAUACCUCUUACAACCAUAAGUACGGGUAUAACCACUUCCUCUGUAGCCACUUUGGGUGAGCGCAAUGUCACCGUCUAUAAGUUAUAUCAUAGUGCUUUGGCCCUGCACGAUCGUCAGUUCAGGAAUGCCACCUUCCUUAUAUAUAGUGUGCUCAUCAAGCUGAUACCCUGCUUUGCAUUGACCAUACUGUCUGUAAGAUUAAUUGGCGCUUUAUUAGAAGCCAAGAGGAGAAGGAAAAUUCUCGCCUGCCAUGCAGCCAACGAUAUGCAGCCUAUUGUAAAUGGCAAAGUGGUGACCCCAACGCAACCCAAGAGCUGCAAAUUGCUGGAGAAGGAGAAGCAAACAGAUCGCACUACGAGGAUGCUUCUCGCAGUCCUUUUACUCUUCCUGGUCACCGAAUUUCCGCAGGGCAUCAUGGGUCUGCUGAACGUUCUCCUCGGCGAUGCCUUCUUCAUCCAGUGCUACCUAAAGCUGAGUGACCUCAUGGACAUCUUGGCGCUUAUUAAUUCGAGCAUCAACUUCAUACUGUACUGCUCGAUGAGCCGCCAGUUCCGGAGCACGUUCGCCCUGCUCUUCCGGCCGCGAUGGCUGGACAAAUGGCUGCCGCUGUCGCAGCACGACGUCGAUGGGCGGCGGGGGAUGGGCGGAAGCGGCGGCCUUGGCGGCUACGGACGCCAGCGACUGCUGCAUACGGAUGCCGUUAGCAAGAGCAUGGCCAUCGAUCUCGGGCUGACGACCCAAGUGACAAAUGUGUAGCAGGAAAGCAGCGGCCGGGCGGUGAUGUCAACCGCAGCCGGCGGAGGAUGUGGAGGAGGAGGAGCUGCAUCGGUGGUAUUGCCACUGGAACCGGCAGCUUCUGAAGUUGAUGGAUGUCCCGAUGCUGCUGCAUCCACCAACGACAUCAGUCUGGUCGAGAAGCUGGGCCAAAAGGGGUCCACCAUAACCACCAAGCACCCCAACCAUCGAAGGCGUCGCAGUGGGAGUGGCACCAAGUGCAUUUGGCCCACCACCGAUUGGCUAAGAAAGCUGCGGAACCAAAAGCCCAGGGAUAGUAAAUCCCCCGAAGCUGAUCAUCAGGACAUAGAGCUAUCGAAACGAAGAAGUAGUGUGCUCUUAAUGGUAUUACUAAGCAGCUCGGAUGAGGUGAAAGCCAAGGCGGUUUUGGUCAGUGAGCAAAGUCCUCCCAGUCCAGCCGACGAGGAUGUGGAGGAUGCCAUCGAUGCCCUCUGGCUGUAAGAAGUCCUCACAAAAGGCUAGAGUUUUUUAUAUACCCUGUAAAUUAUCCUACUACCCACUAAUAUUUAACUACCAAAAAUGUACAGACCAAUUAAUGCUACAAAAUUUGGUUCAGUGCUGUUUCCAAAAUAUUUUCCCGCCAGCGUUGUCUUUGCAGAUUGAGAGCCCCUUUUGCUGAGGCUUCGCUCUGCUAGAAAAUUAAAGGGUAUUUAUUCUACCCUGGAAGCAGCCUGCCACAUUUUGUGACCACACUUGAUAAGUGAUAUACUUGACUAAGUUUCGCCCCAUAAAUAGUUGUGUAAGUGCUAAGCGCAUCUUCAGAUACCAAAAAACGAAAACGAAUUAGCUAUAGUCUAACUAUUAUUUAAGAGAUAUUUAUAAAACAUUUCGGAUGACAAGAGAUGGAAUUUCUUUUUCUAUGGAAAUAAAUGGUUUAUUCGAUGGUAAAAGUA